CCAUCUGCGCGGAUUGAACGAUGGGCUCUCCGGUUACAACAGUACCAAUUUAAACUACGACACCGACCCGGUAAAACCAAUCCAGCUGAUGUACUAUCCCGUAAACCUUUGUCAACACUCGAAAAGAACAGCAUUGCAGAAGAUUAUGUAAAUUUUUUAACCGACCAUCUAGUGCCUAAAUCGAUGAACAGGCAGGAAAUUGAGGAAGCGUGUCAGAAGGAUGCUGAAAUGCAAGCUCUUAUAACGGCCAUUAGAAAAAACCGCUGGCCACGAAAACCAGCUGGUAACACUAACAACAAUAAGAACGAUAAUAACAUCGAUCUAACGCCAUAUCACAGUAUUUGUAACGAACUAACAGUUUCAGAUAACGGUAUCGUACUACGAGGAAACCGACUUGUUAUGCCCAAGAAACUACGAAGCCACACAUGA